AUGUUCAUCAAGGCCUGGGCUUAUGCAUGUAAGUCAUACGAAGAAGAAUCACCAAUAUCUUUGAUGCGGGAGUUAGAACCUUUAUUUGAUAGGGAUCUCAUCAAAGAUCCAACUGGUCUUAAACUGAAAACCUACCCUUCUGAUACAACUUUGUCUACCUUUGUCACUUGCUGUGCUUAUGUGUCUGUCUGCAUUGCUAAAGCCACUGAUGAAGCUCAAAAUGCUGAGAAAUUCGCUCUAGCGUUCAUACCAGAGGACUUUAAAAAGGAAGAUGGGGUGGUUGUUGUUGCAAAGAGGAUUUGGAGUAAAACAAAAAUGCUGGAUAAGGGAGCGAUUGAAGGAAUAGAGGCAGUGUUCCCUAUGUUUAUAGCUAUGUUAAGGGAGGGAGUUAAGGGAAUUAGUGUUGCGGGGUCCAACAGAUUUGGUGUUUAUGAAACUGAUUUUGGUUGGGGAAGGCCUGCCAAGGUGGAUAUAACAUCGGUAGAUAGAGGUUUAAACAUUGGUUGGGCAGAAAGCAAGGAUGAGAAAGGUGGUGUUGAAGUGGGUCUAGCUCUGAACAAACAUGUCAUGCACCUGUUUCAUGGAAUUUUUUAUGAAGGGUUACGCAUUGACUAA